AAGAAUUUGAUUGAUUUACUAUUAACACAUUUGAAACUAUAACAUUUAUUGUUUUUAGCUGUUAUAAUAACGUCCAUCACAAACAUUCGUCCUUAUUUUUAAUUUGAUACUUUGACUUAUAUCAGUUAUCAAACAUGUGACGUUUAGGGUACUUUUCAAUCUGUCUCAAGCUUUAUGAACUUGUAUGGCCUGUUCUCCCUUUCACUUUUCUGAAGAAAAGUUUUAAAGAACAUUUUUUAUCUCCUGGGGUGGAGAAGUCACUACUCUUCUUGUCACCGUCAUGGUGAUGUCCCAGGGCACCUACACCUUCCUGGCCUGUUUCGCUGGCUUCUGGUUGGUCUGGGCCCUCAUCGUUAUGCUGUGCUGCUUCUGCAGCUUUUUACAGCGCCGGCUGAAGCGGCACAGAGAGGACAGACUCAGAGAACAAUGUUUGCGGGCUGUGGAGAUGGAGCCACUUUCUUCUCAUACUGCCGGAUACCCAUCGGCGCCGCCACCGGCACAGCCUCUGCAGGUGCAGAGGGAGCCGCCUCCGCAGAUCUGCCCUUCUCAGAUGCUGGCGGCACCCGUCGCUCUGCCGGUUCCUCAUCCGAUGCCACAAGCCAACUGGGUCAGCAUGCCAGACACAGACACAGAAUUUGGGAAGCCACCUUGCUAUGAGGAAGCGGUCCUGAUGGAGGACCCCCCACCUCCCUACAGCGAAGUCUUGGCCGAUCCUCGAGGAGGGAUGUACCUGAAGCCCGGCCCACUACAGGGAGCGCCGCUGCCUUCCAGGGAAAGCCCCAACCUGCCUCCAGUUGUCACAUCCGAGACCAGCAAGCCCCCAGUGGCCACCGUUUUCCCUGAGAGGGGUUACUCCUCGCUGAUUCGUCUGCCUUCAUCCCAGCGCUGGGACUCGUUGGGACAUCUCCUGUCCAACAUGGACCUGAACAACAGCCUGACCCCACCGGGAGCGCGCUCGCUUCAGGCGGCCACUGCUGCUGCCAUGGCAACCAUGCCACGCAGGGAGCCUCGGACUCAUUAUGAGAGUAUGCAAAGUGAAAUACAGGAACUUCAGGGGAGCAUGCAGGGAUUUCAGAGGGUACAUAGACUGAGAAGUUUGGAGCCUAACUGCGGGAUGCCAACUGCCUUCCCUUUGCUGGGUCGCAGCACUGCAGUCUGAGCCUGGAUGGGAGCAUCAUAUCAGCCAGGAAGAGGAACUGCAAAUUAACUCAGGAGUGCACUUACUUAGUUUGCAGAGCUAAUGUACUGUGCUUCCUUUGAUUAUAUAAUUUUGAAAUUUUACAUUUGGAAAAUAAAUUAGCUUUAGGGAAAUAUACCAAUUUUGAAAAAAAAACUUGUUUUCAAUAAAAGGUUUUGCAGAUUUUGGCCAUAUCAAAAUCGGUUUAUUUCGCAAAACUGCAAUGGAAACUUUUUUCCAUUGCAGCCAUGCCAUGACAUCACGAGUCAUAAUCAACAACUGGAUGUUUCCAUUAGUGCUAAACAAGAAGAAGAUAAUAGGAUAAUUGAAAGAUCAGCAACAAGUUUUUAAUAACUUAGUGAGUGAACAAAUUUACUCACAUGUGAUUUCAAUUGUGUUUCUUACUUAAUGGAAACAACACAAUUGCAAAAUUGUCAAUAUUCUGCUAUUGACAGUUUUGCACACAUUUGUAAUUAAACACAGCUACAGUUUAGAGCUACAGCAGUCCUCAUCAAUUUUGAGGCUGUCAGAGUUGAAGAAAUUUGGAGACACAGAGGAGGAGAGAAGAAGAAGCCAUAACGAGGUAAAGAUGGGCAACAAACGAGCUGCAAAUCCAACCUCCCCUGGUCUUUAUUUCCAUCUCCACCUCCUUUCUCAUUCAUCCCUUGAUUGUAUUGUACCGGCCUUCUGUUGCCAUGACUCCGAAGAACUGCGUGUUUCUUUUAUCUGCUCUGAUUUUCUUUGUAUCACUCGGCUCACAGCUUACAUCUGCUCAAGUACAGUGAGAAUUAAGGCGUAGGAGAAGAGCACACGGUGACCUUCUUUGGGACCCAGACAUCAUGUGACACCAAACAGAAGGCCGAGCUUCUUCUAAGAAUGGAGAACAAGCAAUCAGAAUCAAGUGAACUUAGAUUGUUGUUUUGUAACUGCUUUGUCAUUUUCAGUCUGUCUCAAUCGUCAGUAGAGAUUUGUUUUUCAAAUGACACAAUGUCAGCUGGAUCUCUGAUAUGAAAAGGACCAUUUUCAUGUACAGCCAUGAAAGACAAUCUUUGAAACAUUGUCAGAAUGCCUUUUUUUCUUGUGUAA